GAACGCGAAAAAUGUGACAAGAGGUCACCACACGAUGGGAGAACGGACACUGCGUGAUAGCAUUCUCUCUGCUACGGAACACCUAGGACAGGGAACGAAUGUGACAAUAGAAGUAGACACAUGUCUCAAAGGGACUAGUGACAAAGUCACGGCAUGGACGGAAGAGGAAGUUAAGGUAUGGGCACGGGCAUACGACGGACUAGUGAUGUCACCGGUGGAUCGAAAUGCUGGAGAUACUGCACUCAUCUGCCCGAUCCUGCACAGGCAUGGAUUCGGAAAGACGUUCACAUGGAACGCUGACUAUGCAAGAGUCAGGUCAACUGAGGAAGACAUUCUUGCAGCAUGCAAGAACGACUUCAGCAAAGCAGGACUUCUCCAAGCCGGAGGAUGGAAACCGCAUGGAAGACUCGGGAAGGCCUACGUCAUCCCGAAAGAUAAGGAUCUGCAACUUUGGAGACCAAUCACACCUGCCUGUAGUGACCCAGCGGCAGUCGCUCAGAAACGAUGCGCCAGAGCAUUAUACUGUUUAGUCACACGACUGUCGAGGAACCAGAACUUCCAUCUGGCUUCUGUGCAAGGCCUGGUUGACGAUUUGGAGGGAGUAUGCGAGAAAUGGGGAAAAUCGGGAUACACAGAGACCGUUGGCCGCUGCUAUGAUAUCAAGGAAAUGUUUUCCUCGAUACCACACACGGCAGUCAGCGAAGCGGUCUUCGACUUGCUACGGCUGGUCGAGAAUGAAGGAUGGAAGCAAGUGAGGGUGGCUACUAGAGGAAAGCUAUGUACACUGUCUAAGACGAACCGCACGGUACCAGGGUACAUAUCAGUGAAGCUGAAAAUGAUCCUGGCACUAGUACAAUAUGAUCUGGAACACGCGUACAUGGUCUGCGGAGAAGAGAUCAGGAAACAAGAGGUGGGAAUCCCAAUGGGGAAGAUCACUAGCCCGGUACUCGCCACUAUCACCUGUGCCAUGGCAGAGCUGAAGUUCCUGAACAGUUUGGGAACCGAUAGGAGUCUAGUGCGGGGGUGGAGGAUGGUUGAUGACGUAUCGAUUGUCGUCGGGUGCACGAAGGACGAGGCGUCGAUAAGCAAGGCAAACCGGAUUCUGGACGAUUAUGAAUCGUGCUACGAUUCAAAACUUAGACUGGUACGGAAAGACGAGGGAGCAGGAUAUUGUCCGUUCAUCGGAGGGAUUCUGUACACGACGACUGAACCAAUGCAGCUACAUUUCGUCCAAGAGACCAAGAACACGAAAGGACUGAGACAGGGGAAAGGGCUUAUGUACCAGACUAUGCAGGAUUUUGAUAGUUUCUCCGAUAAGAGGGCGAAGGUAGUUGCGCUUUCGUCUACCCUGAAGAGACUGUGGGCUGCCACGACCUCAAAGGCUUUGAGUAUCGGGGUGAUCGCAUUUGCUAUGAUUGAAAGCCUUCUCCGGGGUUAUCCCCCGGAGUUCUCUCUCCGGGCCUUGGCUAUUCUAGCCAAGGUUGUGGGGUAUAUACCGAAAUUUUCUCGGCAAGCUACCGGUUGCGACGAACUUCGAACGCUGGACCAAACGCGAGUUUUUUUGGACCGCGACACUUCGGGCAACAGACAAAGGAAAACGUAAUCCGGGCAUGAAGUUCACUGGGAGACACCUGGAUCUUCCCGCGACCGUCAUGAACCCGUGGUCCUGUGCCUUUAAAUUCUAAGUUUUCUCAAAUCUUUUCUCAAAUCAUUUCUUUUCUCAAACCAUUUCUUUUUAAAUCACUCCUUAUUCUGUUAUGUUUUGCGCCCUUAUCGGCAUCCAGUUCUAACCGCUUAUAUCCUGACAGGAUCCCUGGGUCUACGAUAUACGCACAGAAUGAAUCUGGCUCACGUCU